UCACGUGCAUAUCCCCGCCACUUCAGCAGGUUGUCUGCAGUUACAUGACUGUCGAGAUGUUUCUCUGUGUUUUGUUGUCUGCCACUGUAUUCUGGUCCACGGUUCUAGGGACGAGUACAGAAGAGAAACAAAGACUUUGUCAAAAUGAAUUCAUGCCAAAAAUCAUCGGGGCGCAAUCAACAAGUGAACAAUGCAACUUCGGGGCUGAACUGCUGAAAUGUAUAUUGCGAAUAUCAGACCGAGUGCCCACACAGGAGGAGCUGGCCCGCAUGCAAACCGCAGUCGACGGUAUACCGACGUCGAGACAAUGCAACCUAAGUGUCGUGGCGAUAUCCAGGCAAGUUUUCCCAAGCUCUCCCACCGCGUCAACCACGGAAGAUGCCCAGCUAAAAUGCUUGCAUGGAAAUCUCGAAAGAGUUUACACAGCCGGUACCCUGCGAGAGGCUUGCAACUUCAGCAAGGAAAUCCUGCGCUGUAUCCUACGCACGUACCCAGAGAAACCCGCACCAGCUGAGCUUGGAGAGAUGCAAGAAAACAUCAACAGCCUCAAACAGAUCCCACCGUGUAACUUGAGCACAGUGGCCGUGGCGGAUGAAGUCUUCCCCACAGUUGCGAUGGGUAAUGUGUCUAAUACAGGCGAAAACAAACAAGCUCAGUGCAACAACAAAUACGUACCUAAGAUAGACGCAACCAGCAACCCGGAUGAAAAAUGCAACUUGACAAAGGAAAUGUACAGCUGUAUAUUACGUAGCUACGAAGUGAAACCGGCAGACGACAGCUUAACUGAGCUUCAAGCACGAGCGGACAGAGAAACUAAACAGUGUGGGAUUAACAUACAAGAACUGGUGAAUAGCGUGUUUAACGCGGCGAAUAGCGUCGAAGUCUCAGGUGUCUUCAACAUCGCCGUGAUCCUUACUCUUGUUAUCACAUUUAGAAUGUUAACACAAAAUUAAGCUGAUGUUGUAAAAAAUGUUAACACAAAGUUAAGCUGCUGUUAUAAAAAAUGUUAACACAAAGUUAAGCUGCUGUUGUAAAAAAAUGUAUAUGGGAGGGUUGUUCGUUUAAAAAGAAAUAUUCUUAAAUGUCAAUUAUGAUUCAAUACUUUAUAAUUACCAAGGCAAUAAAGAAUCAAAACGAGUAACCGUUAGUUAGAUAUAUAUGUUUUAGUAAAAAAAAUAUUUUAUAAUAAGGACACGUUGCUGAGUUUUUAGACAUGAUUUACGGUUUGAUCAUCACAUGCCUAAGAAGCUGUGUGUAUCUUUUUAAUAAUUUUUUUCAUAUUUUGUUUGUUUGGUGAGUGAAAUUACGUCCUUAAUUAUAUACAUUUCAUAAUAUAAAAUGAAACCGGGGCUUUUGUUAUCUUUGUUUUUGGUUUGCUUAUAAAGAGACAAUCACCUAUUAAGUUUAAUUGAGGUUUUUCUCAUGAUGUGGACAUUACACGCCCUCACCUACAUUCGUACAACAAAAAAAUACUUCAUAAUGAUAUUGCAUUGCCAGCUAAUAUUUAUCUUGUUUUUUAUAUUACACAAUAUUGCUUGUAAAUUUGUUUUCGUUUUUUUACAUAAAAGAUAAUAUUAUUAAACAUGAUAAAU